AUGACCACGUCUUCCCUCAAAGCCCAUAGCGACAAGUCUAAAAGCACCCGUAGGCCUGCCAGUCAACGAACUGACUCCCGCCAAUCAUCAAGAGUCUUCAUUAGAGUUGAAAGAUGGAAAUCUAAAGAGGCUCCAGCAAAAGAAGGGGAAUUAAACCUAGUCGAUUCAUCCAAAUCCUCGAACCCCCUCCAAGAGUCAGAGCUCUCAAACUCCAGAGACUACACACUCUCACGAGUACUUCAAAAUGCACAAUUCCUAGACGAUAUAGACGCUUUACUGGACCCUGAGUAUAAAAACAAGUUACCAGUUAAAACCCCGUUCUCGGAGGUUAAGCCUUUGGCAAGAUUUUUGUCAGAGGGGCGUGAGGAACAAGCCUGUAUUAUUGCGUUGAAGGAGGAGGCGGGUGGGUUAAACAUUUCGAUGUCACCGCCCUAG